CAAAAGAAAAGAUAAAACCAGUGCAAAACAGGGUCACAGAGCCCAACGUUUGAGUGCCUCAAGCAGAAGAUGUUUACUAACCCGAUCGAAGUAAAGGCCUUAGUAAAGUCUAAAAGGAAGGCAUCAAUCGGUGAUGAGCAUCAAUACUUCCAAUAAACACUACAUUUAGUGUCACUGCAAGCGUCGGAGAACGUCUGGUGAUUGGCUUUACUGGUCUGGAGUCCAUUGCCAAAAUUAAAUGGAGAAAAAAUGAUAAAAUCAUUAGGUCAUCUACAAACGCAAACACGUUGACUUUUAACUCGAUAACUGUGGAUAACGCGGGAAUAUACGAAGCAUAUCCAAGCGGACAACGGUUGCUAAGACAGCAUUCUUUCAUCAAAGUUAUUGUUCGAGCUUGUCCGUCGGGAAAAUGGGGACCACCGACUUGUUUAGGAGUAUGCGACAACUGCUACCACGGAGGUGUUUGCGAAGUGGAAACAGGAAUUUGCAUCUGCCCUCCUGGUUUUAUGGGCAGUAAUUGCCUUACAGCGUGUGGUGGCAACAGAUUCGGAUGGAGUUGUGAAAAAAGAUGCACAUGGAUUGAAGAUCUCAAAGACCAGUGUAGAUUUCAGAUUUGCCUCCCCGAUCCGUUUGGAUGUCAGUGUGCUGCUGGCUUUACAGGCAUAAGCUGCAAUUCCGAAUGUCCAGCUGGAACUUAUGGGGCUGGUUGCAAACAAGUUUGCCACUGUAAAUCAGCAUCAUGUAAUCGGUACACCGGCGCAUGCUCAGAGUGCAUGAACUCAUGGAAUGGGGAAUCAUGUCAGAUUCCUGAUGUUUGUCCUGAUGGUUAUUAUGGAGAUCAAUGUAUUCAAAAAUGUCACUGUAAGGAUGACAAAAGUUGUGACAAAGAUACUGGACACUGCAUAAAUGGCCAGUGCGCAGUUGGAUAUGCCCUUUCAGAUGCAAGCAUUUGUGAACCAUGCGUGGGGGAUUCAUACGGUGAUGGUUGCAAUGAGACCUGUAAUUGCCCUUUGGAUUAUUGCCACAACGAGAAAGGUUGCUUGAGUGAUUGUUUCGAUUACUGGUUAGCGCCUUCGUGUACUAUAGGGAUUGUGGCCGUAGGAUAUGACAAAUGUAAUUCCGGCGAACCUACAAACUUUACUUGUUCAGUAACCGGUAACAUAACUGGAGUCGACGUCCGUUUACAAUACCAAAACAGUCUCUCAUCUUCACUAUCACCAGUUACACUAUUACCAGUUACAGUGGAGACAACUGACGGUAUUUUAUUGGCCAGAUUCAUUGCCGAUGCAGAUAUUACACAGAAUUACAGGUGUCGGAUUCAAGAUGGCGAGUACUGGACGACUCGUGCUUUACAUUUUGACGUUUAUGAUCUGCCUGGCUAUAAUGGCAAAGCGUCUGUCUUGAAUUCAACUAACUCAUCGGUGACGUUGAAAUGGCGACCGUGGAGCAUUGAUAAAGGAGACACGGGUGAUGGUCCAGUUAUUGAUUACGUCGUCUUCUAUAAACGAUCACGGGAUCAAGAAUGGAACUCUGUCCCCAGUACAUCCGGAAUGACGUCAGUAAAAGUGACGGGAUUAUCGGCAAAUACUGAAUACGAGUUUUCUGUGGCAGCCGUUAGACCAUGCACCGGAGGUCGUGGAGAAAUGGGCAUGGUCUUAAAUUCUACCACUCUUUGUUCACCUCCUGGAACACCAUUCACUACACUCACAAGUGGUGACAUGCUGAGGCAACUUAAUGUCAAUUGGUCGGUUCCUCAUGUUGAUACCGAUUGUCCGAUCACUUCCUUCACAAUUUAUUAUUCUGAGCUUGGUUUCGAAGAUGAUGAAACCCACAUUGUUGUCAACGACACUGUCAGAGAGUACACUAUCUUAUGCCUGAAUGCUUUCACGGCUUACAACGUGGAAUUAACGUCAAGAAACAAAGAUUUCGAAAGCCUCCGAUCUUCAAAUAUGGCGUAUACAACUGAAGAAAAAGCGGUGCCACCAAUAGUUUCCAUGUGCAGUGACUCUCCGAUAACACUUCAAAUUGGAACAAACAGUAUGGGAAUCUUUGGCAAUGUCACGCACUUUAACAUCAGAUAUAGAGAGGAAAAUGUCAAAGACGAAACAUGGCAACUGGUGAAGCUAGCUUCAAAAAAUGGUUCUGCUACUUGGAUUGGGAACGACCUCACAGCGGGAAAAGUGUACGUGUUCGAGGUCAGGGCCGUAAACCGCCUUGGUGAAGGCCGGUGGAGUAAUACCUUUUCUGCCAUCUCACGCAGAGGUACAAUUCCGAACCUCGUUGUCAUCAUAUGUAUCUCUCUUGCUCUUCUGAUUUUAUUGAUUUGCAACGCUUUCUUCUUGAUUUGUUGCUGGAUAAUGCGACCUGUUUCUAGUAAGGAAUUGGAACAGAGCAGAGAUCAUUUUUCAAUGAAAAAAAAGUCUACACUGGAACAGAAAAAGGUAGAAAAAGAAGCGGUAAAGAAUGAUGACACAGAGAGCUACUAUAAAGAAAUAGACACUGAUGAUUUUGAGUACGAGAUCCCCAAAGAGGCCGUUAACACCACAAGGAUACUGAAAUCUGCUAAUGAUGACCGUCAUUAUUCUGAACCAAUUUCAAAUGAUUAUUCAGAAACAAUGUUUUCUGCAUAUGAAGAGGAAAUCGUAGAAAACGAAGUGUUCAAGAAAGGUGACACAGAAAGUAUAUAUGAAGAGAUGGAUAAUAAGGACUACGAGACGUCGAUAAAUACUUAAAAGAAAGUGGCGUAAUACAGGGCAUUCACUGCGUCGUAUGACCGUCGUACGACUUAAACUCCGCUGAUUAUCGGUGGCAGUCUAAACUCAUCGUCAUUAAAAACGAUCCGUCGCACGUGCGUCGUGGCGUUGCGUAUUCUCCAUUGAAUCGAGUCGGCCGGCGGGCGCCGCCUGAUUGCCCGGUAUUACUGUGAGCCCUCACUGGCUAAAGCCGGAGUCCCAGACCUUAAAGUGCAGUCCGGGAUAUACAUUAACCGAAAGGUCCACUGAUUAAUCUCAGAUAAGAAAGUAUAAUACAUACUCCAAGUAUUGAAAUACACGCCAUCGUGUUGGGAUUCAAUAUUUCGACAUUAAUUAUGUCAUC